CAGGAUCCUGUAACCCUUCUCUCUGUAGGUCCGUUCCCUGGGCCGAGGGUUGCAUGGUAGCUGCAGUCGCUUCCCCAGCAGGCCGGCCUGGGAGGAGAAAGCAGCCAUCAUGUCCCAAAGAGGAGCAUGGGGAGCUGCCAAGCCCCAGGACCGGGGCUGGGCAUGGAUGGUGCUGCUUGCCACAGUGCUGCUGCAGGGGCUGACGCUGGGCUUCCCCUCAUGCAUCGGCGUCUUCUUCACGGACCUCCAGCACGAGUUCCAGGCCUCCAACAGCGAGACGUCAUGGUUCCCGUCCAUCAUGGUGGCCGUGCUGCACGGAGGCGGACCCCUCUGCAGCAUCUUGGUGAAGCGAUUUGGCUACAGGUUUGCUGUGAUGCUGGGAGGCCUGCUCAGCAGCGUGGGCAUGGUGUCCAGCUCCUUCUGCAAGUCCCUUGGCCAGCUUUACAUAACAGCUGGCCUCAUCACUGGUCUGGGAUCAUGUUUCAGCUUCCAGGCAGGAGUGACUGCACUGGGCCACUACUUUGUGCGGUGGCAAGCGUUGGCUAACGCCAUGGCAUCCACUGGUGUCUCUCUUGGUUUCACGCUGUGGCCACUGCUUUCUCAAUACAUGCUGGAUGAGAUGGGCUGGAGAAACACUUUUCUUAUCUUUGGAGGAAUACUAUUAAACUGUUGCGUCUGCGGAGCCAUUAUGAGACCAGUGCAGCUUGCUUCAGGAUCACUAGUGCAGUUACCCAGGCCUGGAGAGGAUUCAGGGAGAAGAGCAGAAGAGGCGCAGCUGUCCAAUGGAGCAUCUUCUCCCCACCUAAAGUACCAGCAGCAAAACAGAAAGAUUGCAUGCUUCCAGAUGCUGCAGAAGUACCUGGCUGUUGAUAUCUUCUGUCAAAACAAAGGUUACCGGAUUUACACUAUCGGAGUGACCUGGAUGAUGAUGGGGUUUGUGUUACCCCACGUCUACCUUGUACCUUACGCCAUCCAGAACGGGGUGGAGGAACACAAGGCAGCCCUCCUCAUCUCCAUUACUGGGUUCAUCAACACUUUCAUACGCCCUUUGACAGGACUGCUUUCGGGACACAGAAUCUUCACAGGAAGACGCAUCUACCUGUUCAGCCUGGCUGUGCUCCUCUGCGGGCUGAGCAAUUUCAUUUGCAUUAUUUCAGCUGAGUUCAGCGUGCUCAUUGUCUACUGCGUCAUCCUCAGCAUAGCCACGAGUGGCAUUGGGGCACUCACCUUCCAGGUGCUGAUGGAUGUGGUGGAAAUGGACAGGUUCUCAAGCGCUCUAGGGCUCUUCACGGUCCUGGAGAGUAUCACUCUCCUCAUUGGACCCCCUCUCACAGGUCUCCUGGUGGACAUAACUAAUGAUUUCCACUAUGUCUUCUACACCUCCAGUUUCCUCCAGAUAUCAGCUGCACUGUUCAUGGGGCUCAGCUUCUGUGCUCUGGAAAAAAAAAGAAAUUUGAAAGAGACCACAAAAGUACCUUUGGAUAAUCCCUCCAGAUAUCAAUACAAUGACACGCCAACUGAACCGCAGCCUGAAAGUCAAUCCACUCCAGUCGUCAUGUACGUCACAAGCAUAUGA